AUGGAGCAACGGGAACAAGUAAGGAAGCAAGUAGAGUAUUACAUGAGUGAUGCUAAUAUAGUGAGAGACGAGUAUUUGAAGAGAGUCAUGGCUAAGAAUGGGGGUUGGGUGCCCGUAUCUGUAAUGAAUGGCUUCAAGAGAAUGCAGGCAUUCGGGAUGAGUGAUGACGAAGUAAUGAGUGCACUGGAAGGGAGUGAGACUGUGACUGUAGACAAAGAGCAUGGAUUCCGGCGUGUUCAUGCAGUGCCCAGCUUGGAGCAGCACUGUGGAGAGGCCAGGACUGUUAUAAUUCGAGGCUUCCCCCUUACAUACACUUUAGAAGAUGUAGAGCGUGUUUUAGAAAGCAUAUCUGGGCGUGUAGCCCGCCUAGUCAUGCGAAGAGAUGCAAAGAAGAUGUUCAAGGGAUCCGUCUUUGCAGAGAUGCGAACUGAAGAGGACGUGGAUAUUAUAAAGGGAAUGCGUUUGCAUGCUGUAGAGUGCAGCACAGGCGGAGAAGGCAGUGCUGAAGAGUGCAAGCGAAAAGAGAAAGUGCCCACCAUUGUGGACAGUGGAAAAGAAGACACUGAUACCAAUGGCGCAGCAGCACCAGAGGAAGCCACAGACUCCACAGGAGGUGCCCGAAAGAAGGUCAUGCACGAGCUCACUAUAGAAGAUGCAGCAACCCACAUCACGAGGCAAAAGGACGCCCGCAAGGCAGCAAAAAAGAAGAAGGAAGAAGAGCGUGCAGCAGCCACCGUGCGUGCAUACGAAAGAAAACUCUUCAAAUACAGCAGCAGCACAGGAGACGUAUCGACUCUGAAAGUGUCCGACGUGAAGAACGUCCUAGCAGGCGCAGCAUUCGUGGAUGUACGCGGACAGGUUGUGCGAAUGAAGGAGGAGCACGAGUCUCUCCCAGCCAUAGAGGUAUGCGAAGUGAAAGUUGAGUUUGUGCCAAUGACCACAGAGGAGGUGGGCGUAUACUGCGCAGGUCUAAGCCUCGGACCAAAGGGCGUCCACAGAAGAUAG